UCCGGCUUUGUUUGAGAAAUUCCACUCUGCUGUCUGCAAGUAGUAAAACAACACACGUUUUUGCCACUAUUUAUGAAAAGUGUUGGUGAUUUAGUAAUUUUAAAUACAAGGACCGAUUAAUCAGGAGCCAUGCGGCUCAAGACAUCUCUUCAGAAGGAACCGAAACAUUCAGAAUUAGUGAGUUGUGUAGGCUGGACAACUCCAGAGGAGCUGUACUCCGGGGCUGAUGACCACUUGAUACUGAAGUGGAACCUGAUAAACAAUGAAACAACCUCCCUUGUCAAACUCCCGGAAGAUGUCUAUCCCACUGACAUGCACUGGUUCCCAAGAGCGGUCACUGGCGGAGGAAAGAAAACGGGCUCAGAUCUGUUUUGUCUUACUUCCACAGAUGGCAAGUUCCACAUAGUUGGUAAGUCCGGUCGUGUUGAGAAGAGUGUGGAUGCCCACAAGGGGGCAGUGUUGGCAGGGAGGUGGAGCUAUGAUGGGUCCGCACUUCUGACAGCUGGGGAGGACGGGCAGGUGAAGAUCUGGUCACGAAGCGGCAUGCUGCGCUCAACACUCACACAGAACAGUACCUCUGUGUAUGGAGUGGCAUGGGGUCCAGACUCUGACCAAGUGUUGUUUACGAAUGGUCGUCAGCUGGUCAUAAAAUCUCUUCAGGCUAACGCUAAGCCGACCAUGUGGAAGGGGCAUGAAGGCGUGAUCCUACAGGUUGACUGGAACCCUGUCAAUAACCUGAUACUUUCUGGCGGUGAGGACUGUCGAUAUAAGGUAUGGGACACAUACAGCCGUCUGAUGUAUAGCAGUUCUGCACAUGACUACCCCAUCACAUCUGUAGCCUGGACACCCGAUGGGGAACUGUUUGCUAUCGGCUCAUUCAACACUCUUCGACUCUGUGAUAAAACUGGGUGGUCAUACGCCCUGGAGAAGCCUAAUACAGGUAGUGUGUUCAAGCUGAGUUGGGCCAGUGACGGUACACAAGUGGCCGGGGCGUGCGGGAAUGGCCAGGUCCUCAUAGGACAUAUACUUGAGAGGAGAUUAGAGUGGAGUAACUUUGAAGCCACUGUGACAGAGAGCAAGAAGAUUGUCGUGCGAAAUGUGAUGAAUGACAGUUAUGACAAGCUAGACUUCCGGGAUCGUGUGAUCAAGGCUUCUCUGGCGUUUAGUCACCUGGUUGUGGCUACUUCAUCACAGUGCUAUAUCUACAGCUCAAAGAAUUUCAACACUCCGAUGAUAUUUGAUCUGAAAGAGGGAAAUGUCUCGCUCAUCAUGCAGGCGGAAAAACACUUCCUGCUGGUAGACACAGCUGGUGUGUAUGUGUACACAUACGAUGGGCGACUCGCAUGUUCCCCAAGAUACCCGGGCCUACGGGCAGACAUUCUCAACGCACAGACAAUAUCCAUCAGUAAUGACACUGUGGCUAUCAGAGACAAAGCAGAUGAAAAAGUGAUCUACGUGUUUGAUGCACAGAGUGGUAAGCCCUUGGGCGAUGGAAAACCAAUCACACACAAGAUGGAGGUCAUGGAGGUAGCCCUGGACCAGUGUGGUACAACCACAGAACGGAGACUCGCCAUCAUUGACAAGAACAGAGACCUCUAUCUCACCUCUGUCCGUGUGUUCGGUACAGAUAGGAAGACUGUCAAACUAGGCACAAUGAUAAUGUCUCUAUGCUGGAAUGACAAUACCAACAUGCUGGCUGCCCUGGCCGACGGCAAGUUCACGGUCUGGUAUUACCCCAGUGCUGUCUAUGUAGACAGGGACCUAAUGCCCAAAACUGUGUUUGAAAAAGAGGCAAGUGAGUUUGGCAAGAACCCUCAGCUGUUGCAGUUUGUGGGUAACCAUGUGGUGAUCCGGCGGGCGGAGGGCUCCCUCGUCUCCACAACUAUCUCUCCGUACCCAGCCAUCCUUCACAGCUAUGUACAGGCUGGCAGAUGGGAUGAUGCCACCAGGCUGUGUAGGUUUGUUAAGGACGAGAUGUUGUGGGCGUGUCUGGCAGCCAUGUCGGCCUACGCCAAGGAGCUGAACACGGCCGAGAUAGCCUACGCUGCAAUACAGGAGGCUGACAAGGUGCAGUUUAUCUUGAAUAUCAAAGACAUUCCAGUCAAGGACGCACGUAAUGCUGAGAUGGCCCUGUUGUGUGGAAACCCCCAGGAUGCCGAGGCCAUAUUGUUACAGGCCGGACUGAUCUUCCGAGCCAUAAUGCUUAACAUACAGCUGUACAAUUGGGACAGAGCUUUGGAGCUGGCAGUAAAACACAAGACGCACGUGGACACAGUGCUGGGAUACAGACAGAAGUACAUGGACCAGUACGGGAAACCAGAGUCCAACAAACGCUUCCUGCAGUAUAAAGAAGGGAUUGAGAUAGACUGGGAGAAAAUUGAAGCGAAGAUUGAGAUGGAGUACCAAAAGGAACGGGAGCGCCCGGACCGCACUGCAAACACGGCAACUAGUGGGGCUGCGCGCACACCAGCAACUGGUGACGCACAGAGGCAGACUUUGAAGACAUAGUGGGGAUGGAAAGGGGGUGGGGGGCACAGAGGGUGGGAUGGAAUUUGGGAAUUGGACUUGGGCUCUGUAAUGAAGUGUAACUUAUUUAUUAACUUAUUUCUGGGCUGGGAGGAGGAGUGGGGGAGGGGGUUAAACAUGCAGUGUGGACACAGGGAGUUGGGUAUGUAAAGGGAUAUUGAUCAGUGGCUUUGACAAGAGGGGGGAUGGGAAAUAUAUGCACACAUGUUGACAUAGGGGGUGGGGUAUGUGAAAAGAUAUUGAUCACACAAUGUGGAGAGGUAUGGGUGUGAUAAAAAGGUUGUGAUUAACUUGAUUAAAAGUGUAAAUGGACUUUUACUGGAUGUGCUGGAUCAAGACAUUCUUACUGAAUUCUUACCAAUGAUUGUGCAAAUUUCAGAGUACUUUUUGAGCAACCAGUAAUAAUCUACUCUUUCCUGUAUUUUUCUUGCAUUUUUGCAUAUAUUGUGUAAUUUCAGAAUAUAAAUUUCUGUGGUAUGUGGUUGCUAUUGGGCUUCAGUAAAGUUUAUGUUAUCAAACCACAAUGUAAAAGAAAGAUGUGUAUGUUUUGGGGAUUUGUUGAAUAUGAGGCAUUUUUACAUUCCGUCCACUAUUUAUUGUGUAUUUUAUCUCGUACUCAUAGCUUUAUCAUGCGUGUUAGAGAGAGUUGCUUUGAUCUGAUGAAUAUUUUAAUCUCAAGUAUUAUGUUAUACUUUUUGCGAACAUUUAAGAUAGUUAUGUGAUUUAAGUGAUCAGAUUGCCAAUGUGAGAACAAAAAUCUUGGUUUGUCUGCACCUAAAUAUUUUUGAUAUAGAUAAACAAUAAAUUUCUAAAAUAA